UCCACCCAUUGCUGUUGCUGUUGCUUGACGCAAGGAAGAAGGAGGAAGGAGGAAGGGGAAGGCAGCAAGGAAGAAGAAGGGGAAAGAAGGAGGAAGAAGAGAGGGAAGAGAAGGGGAUUCCGCUGGGGAUCCUCACUGUGGUGCUACAAGUUCUCAAAAUUUCAGUUGGAGCAGUGCUGUUUCAGUUGCCGAACCCCCUGCUGUCCCUCCCUCUCCAUGGUCCUGCCUGCUCAAGGAAGCAUGGAAGCUCCAGAAGUCCCGUGCUUCGAAGCACCGGAAGUCCCAUGCUUGGAAGCUCCGGGACUCCCAUCCAUGGAAGCGCUCUCGAAGCCCAUGAAUUGGUCAUGGGUGCCAAAAGGGAUGGACCCUAUGACAGUAUGUAGAGUUGCCGUGUCCGUAGGACCUUAUGUUGAGAUGUGUGAUGAUGGCAGCCAAGAAUAUCGUGUUACCAACAAAUUUCGGAUAGUUGUGGGUAGAGGUACUACCAAUGUGAAUGAUUUAUUGGUUGCUCUGGCGGUUGAGGAAACACUAGGAGUCGUCGGAGGCAACUGGAAGAUGCGGGCAGUGCUUCUUCAGUUAGGCAAUUGGAGUUUGGAGGCAAUGCUACUUCUCCACCUAAUGCCAAAGGGAAAGCACAAAAGCUGAAGCCAUUGAAGAGAAAGACAACUUCUGAUUGACACAAGAUAUAUGUGUUGUUUUGAUCAUAUCUUGUUCACACUAUUAGUCUGUGUACGUGGUGAUGUUUGUGCCAAACUUGCAAGGCUAAUAUGUGAUAUUAAUUUCUGCCAGACUAGUAAGGCUAAGAUGUGAUGCUUAUUUGUGAUGUUUAUGCCAGACUUGGGCUAAAUUCGAUCAAUAUUUUGUGAUGUUCUCUCCAUGCAUAUAUGCAUGGAAAUUAAGGCAGCUAUCAGUGGUAACAGAC